AAAAAAAAAGAUUAAUUAAAAAAUAAAAACACGCACACACACACACGCUCUCUCUGAUCAAGAAAGAGAGAAAACUCCUUUAUCUACUUCCAUCUUCAUCUCCUCUCUCUUUCCUUCAUCGUUCUUCAUCAAACUGAAACCCACAACCCAAUUUGAAGUGGGAAGAGAGAGAAUACACUACAACAUUUGAACCCCUUUUGCCCAGAAGCAAAUAAGAAGCCAACUUUUUUUUUUUUGUUUAUAUUUAGUUGUACAGUCAUUAUUUUUUGGAUAUGAGAUGAUUCGAUGGAUCUAUAGAUCUAAACCUUCGAGAAGGAGUUGAAUUGCUCUACAUCAUUCAGAUCUCAGCCCCUUUGAUUACAGUAGCUGAGCAGAAAAAUAGGUUUAAUUACGUUGUAAGUGUUAAAUUAAGUGUUGGUUGGAAGUUGGAAUGGGAAAUAUCUUUUCUGUGUUAUUGGUGUUAUUUUUUUUUUUUAAUUACUUAUAUUUCCUGAUGCUGUUUUGUUCACUGAACCAUUUUGCUCUUCGGUGAUUUUUGCCGUCAGCAAGGUAAAGUUGUGCGGCACAACUUGUCUAGUUCUAGUGUGCUCUGAUUUGGUCAGAUUUGACCCCUACUUAGCUUGAAUUGCUCUUUGCAUUUCUAAGUCUUUUUCUAUAUAUUUGAAGAUGCUAGGACAAGGGUCUACUUUAGUUUCAUUCUUUUGUUAAUCGGAGUAAGAUGUGUGUAUUUUUUGGGUCCUUGUGUUAUUUUUGCGAUGCUUUUGUCGGUACUAUUUUGUGUGUUUUCGCCCAAUUUAAACAUGAAGUUUGAUCUUUGUUGAUUGCGUGGUUCUCUUGAAUCAAUUGCUUCCUAAUACUGUUAUGGUUAUCCUUUGGUCUCAUCGUUAUAGUUUGAUAAUCAAAUUCAAAUUUGCAGGGAGUACAAGGUUUCCAUUGGCAGGGUCCGCUAGGAGUUAUAUUGAGUUUGAGUGCUCUUCGCAUCCAUUUCGGAUGUUGCAGAAUUUGAGUUAAGCCAGGGUGAAAUGAGGGAUGUUAUCAAAAUUAAUACAAUUUCUAAAGGCCUGUUGGUGGCCAUCUACAGACCGACAAGCACGCUCAGGUUCGGACGCUGCAGGCCGGCAGGAUGGCCUACUUUGGUACAAAGACUCUGGACUGCACUUGAUUGGUGAAUUCUCAAUGGCUGUUGUUCAGGCCAACAAUUUGCUUGAGGAUCAAAGCCAGAUUGAAUCAGGUUCAUUAAGUCUCGUUGAUUCUGGUCCCUAUGGAACAUUUGUUGGAGUAUAUGAUGGCCAUGGAGGGCCAGAGACAUCGCGAUUUAUCAAUGAUCACCUGUUUCAGCAUCUGAAGAGUAAGAGAGUUCAGUGAUGCACUUGUUUGUUUUGUCAGCUGCAUAUGAUUUGUGAAUCAGUUCCAUCAUUCAUGCAAUUUUCAUGCUCAUCAGUUGUUGAGGAUACUUAUCAUGUGAUUGUAUUUCUGAAAUCUGCUUCACUGAGUUACUGUAAGAUUGACUCAGGUCAUUUUCAUUAUUUAGGGUUUGCAGCGGAGCAGAACUCAAUGUCAGUAGAUGUAAUACGGAAGGCAUUUCAAGCAACAGAAGAAGGGUUUCUAUCUGUUGUUUCAAAACAGUGGCCGCUAAAACCACAGAUCGCGGCUGUAGGUUCCUGUUGCCUGGUCGGUGUUAUAUCUGGUGGGACCCUCUAUGUCGCCAACCUUGGUGAUUCAAGAGCUGUAUUGGGCAGGGUUAUGAAGGCAACUGGUGAGGUUCUCGCUAUUCAGCUGUCAACUGAACAUAAUGCAAGCAUAGAGUCUAUAAGGCAGGAAUUGCAUUCAAUGCAUCCAGACGACUCGCAGAUAGUAGUUCUUAAGCAUAACGUAUGGCGUGUAAAGGGUUUAAUACAGGUUUCUAGAUCCAUCGGUGAUGUAUAUCUUAAAAAGGCUGAAUUCAAUAGAGAACCUUUAUAUGCAAAGUUCCGCCUCCGAGAAACUUUCAAAAGGCCCAUCUUAAGCUCUGAUCCAUCAAUAUCUGUACAUGAACUCCAACCACAUGAUCAGUUUCUCAUAUUUGCUUCAGAUGGUCUCUGGGAACACCUGAGCAACCAGGAAGCUGUGGAUAUUGUACAAAAUAAUCCACGCAAUGGAAGUGCUAGGAGGCUUGUUAAAACUGCAUUACAAGAAGCAGCUAAAAAGAGAGAGAUGAGGUACUCUGACCUGAAGAAGAUUGAUCGUGGUGUUCGGCGGCAUUUCCAUGAUGACAUUACUGUCAUAGUUGUCUUUCUAGAUUCGAACCUUGUGAGUAGAGCCAGCUCUUUGAGAGGCCCUACUCUGUCUAUGAAAGGUGGAGGCAUCAGCCUGCCAGCAAAGACCUUGGCUCCCUCCGAACUUGGUACUACAUGAGUUCUUACCCUUGUUGUAUACUCUGCUGUGGCUUUCUGGAACAACUUGUGACUGUCUCUUGGUUGGCUAUAAAAAGAUUCGAGGAAGGUGCGGUGCUAAUCUUAAUUUUUUUCCCCAGUGUACAAUGUAACGUUGACUUCAAACUUUCUAUUUUGUUUAGUCAUAUGAGCAGGAAAAGAAAAAAAGUGAAAGGAUCAGUAAGGGGAGCUUUGAAUAUACUGUAGAGAGAUUCUUUCUUGAGGAUUAUCGUUUCUACCUGUAUAAUUUUUCUUGUUUUGCUUCCCUUACCCUGUUUUGAAGUUCUUAUUAUCAUGUAAAUGAUGUAAAAUUGGAUCCCCUGAAAUCUCGUAAGUUGGUUUUGUUACUGCACCCGGUUACUCAUCAUUAUGUUACUGUACGCCCGAAGGGCAGUUAGUUAUAGAACUCAUAGCUCGGUUAACAUUUUUGUGUAAAUACGGAUCUUGGUUAGAAAGAAACUUUGGGCGCUCUGUGAUCUUGCUUUCCUUCCCCGAAGAACAUUCCUUCUUAAAGAUGUUAAACGAGUUUGAAUUUCCGAGUUAAUUGGAGUAACCGCGCUAUUCUGUAAGCUAAGAAUCUUGGCAGUUGCUGGGUUUAACGAUCAGAUUUUCUCCCUGCACGCGUAACUAAAGCUAGCAAAGCUAAGGUCCGUUUCAUGAUCUUUACGCUGAAAAGCGCAUAAUCUACAAUCUGAUAAUUAUGCCUUAGAUUUUGAUUCGGAAGGAACAAUGCGAAAUAUUGAUGGCUUCGUUAUUUCAGAAGGAUAGGGUUUCAUAUUGUUCAUUGUCGUGGGACUUGAUUUAUACAUCAAACUAAGUAGUCAGAAAUUUGUGGGCAAGUGUCAUUUCAUGACCGUUUCAUAAUCUUUCACACAACAGACUGAAGAAACUUACAUAGGUCUCGCAUUUCAUGUGCAUCUUUGGUAGUGAGCAGGAGCAUGUAUGCUUAGCUUAUAUUGUACUUGAAAUGCCUGGAGCUUGGACUCUGGUGAGAUGAGGGUAUCAUGCAAUCAACAGUACGAACGUUAGACCGUCCCGUCCUAGAUGAAUCCAAUGGCGGAAAGCAGUUGAAGAACAAUGAUUCCAAAGCCAUAUACUACACCAGUGAAUGGAUAGAUAUAGCUCGCUCAAGACCUGAUGUUCCCUUCACCAGACAGCUUACAUGCAUGGGAUUCAUCCCCAUUGGGACCAAAAUCAGAGACUUUGGCUUCUAUAUAUCGGUUACUGUUGUAUGAAAAAUAAAAAUUCAAAUGGACAAGUAUUUUCGGACGGAAAUUGUGUUUGAUUUUAUAUGCCGAUGAAAAUUAUGUUGGGAAAAUUUUCAUUAAGGCCAUUGGAAAGAUUAAAAUUAUUAUGAAAGGCAUGAGAUUUAUUUAUCAUUUAUUAAAUAUAUUUAAUUACUUUUGAUAUAUUCCCCUCUUUUAAAUAACUUCUUUACCC